AAAGGCGAAAGGCAAAGCCAAAGCUGAUGAAAUUAAACCAUAUUCGACCACACCCACAUCUAGAAAUCUGUUCACCCACAGCCCUCAUUGUUGCCACUCUCCACUCAAUAUCUCUUCUUCCGCUUAAUUCUCAGGACCAAGAUGCCCAAAAUAACUACAAAGUUGCCCGGUUUCUGCCUCAACAGAAUUAGGCCUCAUGCCAGGGUCCGCUCCCCUCCUGCACAAUCCAAGCCUCCUCACGGCAAUCUCACUUCCUCCAAAACUCUGAAUCCUGGCCAUGUCAAAGAGGAAAAACCCCUGUUGGUAAUUAGUAGGAAGAUUGUGAUUGUGGUUGAUUCCAGCCUUGAAGCUAAGGGAGCUUUGCAAUGGGCACUCUCCCACACUGUUCAGAACCAGGACACAGUUAUUCUUCUUUGCGUAACCAAGCCAUCUAAUAAGCAAGCUGCUGCAGCUACUGCUCAAGGCUCCGGCAAGGAGAUCGUUCCAAGGGCUAAUUAUGAAUUUAUCGAUUCUUUGAAGAAAUUGUGCAAAUCCAAGAAACCGGAGGUGCAAAUUGAGGUUGCAGUGGUGGAAGGGAAGGAGAAAGGGCCUACAAUAGUGGAAGAAGCAAGAAAACAAGGGGCGUCAAUGCUGGUUUUGGGGCAGAAAAAACGCUCCACAACAUGGCGUCUCCUGAUGAUGUGGGCGGGCAGCCGGGUCACCGGGGGAGUAGUGGAGUACUGUAUCCAAAAUGCUGAUUGCAUGGCGAUUGCAGUGAGGAGGAAAAGCAAGAAGCUUGGAGGGUAUUUGAUCACCACCAAGCGUCAGAAAGAUUUCUGGCUCUUGGCUUAAUUAAUUAAACUACAUAUAUAAAGUAUAUUAACUAUAUGUGAGUCUUGUGAUGAUGCAUAAAGGGUCGUCUAAUCUUACCUGCAGAUGGAAAUGUAUAUGGAAAUGUAUGAUUGUUUUCGUAUUUGUCUGUAAAUAAUAAACCAUACGGUUAAAUAAAA